AUGAAGGGCAUCCUGCUGGCGCUGCUUGUCUGCGUGGCAGAGGCGCACAUCAUCUUCAAGCAUGCGCCGCUCUCCUGCGAUCCUAUCCUGCCGGCAUUCCAGGGCUGUCUGCGCGGCCAGCGGUGUUCUCGACACGGGCAAUGUGAGAGCAGUCAUCGUCCAGAGGAUGAGAUCCAACCUCCCCAGCUUGAUACCACUGUUGAGGUCGUCCAGAGAGACUCGGAGAUUCAGUAUGCGCCAGGCAAAUGCCGUGGAGGCGCCGGUGAAGGAGAGGCUGGCGUAGCGGUAGACUGCUUCAUGAAACAUCCCUCGCAUCCGAUUGAUGACGGCGAUGUGACCCAAAAGGCUGCUCGUCCGUACCUACGAAGGCCCUUCUGGCGUCCUCAUUUCCGCCCAAAGCCAACGGUGGAUAUCACCGGCACUAACAGAGUGAAGCUGCCUGCUUCAACUGCUUCCGCUACUCCCACUAGCACCAUUCAACCCCAACCUUCUGAGCCGUCUAGCCCUACCGGAAAUGUUACUACUGACGGAACAUGCGGCUCAAGCCGUGGAGAUACUGUCUGCGGAGACUGGUCAUAUGGCCCCUGUUGCUCUCCCUAUGGCGUACGUACCUCCUCUUUCUACUACUCCAUGAUGGCCAUCCUCAUGCCUAACGGGAAAGUCGUUUUCGCGGACAAGAUCGAGAACUAUACGGAACUAAUUUUGCCCAAUGGACAGUUUGCCUAUUCCUCGGAGUACGACCCAGUUACCAACGAAGUUGUAGCCUUAGAAUACAAGACGAAUGCAUUUUGUGCUGGUGGAACCGUUCUAGCUGAUGGCCGUGCUCUGUCUGUUGGUGGGAAUGGCCCGCUGAACUUCAUAGACCCAACCGUCAAAGACGGGUUCAAGGGAAUCAGAUAUCUCGAGCGCAAGUUUGAUGACCCAAAGGGUGAAGAAGGAUGGAUCGAGCCUGGUCACACUCUAUCCACCGCCCGCUGGUAUCCCUCCGUACAGACUAUGCCUGAUGGGAAAAUAUUUGUUGCCUCUGGCAGCUUGAACGGCCUGAACCCGACUAACUCGGACAAUAACAACCCCACAUAUGAAAUCCUGGACCGCGAAGGUUAUCCCCAUGGCGACAGCGUAGUCAUGUCUAUCUUGGAGAAGAAUCAGCCUUACUACAUGUACCCUUUCCUUCACCUUCUCAAGGAUGGAAACCUCUUCGUCUUUGUUUCAAAGUCUGCCCAGAUCUUCAAUGUCGAGACGGAUACCAUUGUCAAGACACUCCCAGACCUUCGUGGUGACUUUAGAACCUAUCCGAACACAGGUGGAAGUGUCAUGUUCCCUUUAAGUUCUGCCAACGGAUGGGAUCCUGAAAUCAUGAUAUGUGGAGGCGGCGCUUACCCUGACAUCAAUAGCCCUACCGAUGCUAGUUGCGGACGCAUAAAGCCCCUGUCUGAGAAUCCAACCUGGGAGGUUGAGUCUAUGCCUAGUGGAAGGGUCAUGGUGGAGGGUACUUUGUUACCAGACGGCACAAUCAUCUGGUUGAAUGGCUGCAGUCGCGGUGCACAAGGAUUUGGCAUUGCAAAGGACCCAGUAUAUGACCCCUGGAUAUAUAACCCCCGCGCUUCUAAUGUCGAACGCUGGGCCGUGGGUGGGUCAAGCACAAUUGCACGCAUGUAUCACUCCGUCGCCUUACUGUUACUAGAUGGAACAGUGAUGGUCGCAGGAUCAAAUCCGGUCGAACAGCCUGUGCUUGUUCCAAACCCCAAGGACCCCAAGACAGCAUACGUUACCGAGUUUCGGGUUGAAGUCUACAUUCCCCACUAUCUCAGCGGCAAGAAAGCGGAUCAGCGGCCACUUAAUGUUGUUUUGUCCAGCAGACAUCUAGUUGCUAACAGUGGAAACUUUACUGUAAAGUUCAACGUCCACAAAGAGGCCAUUGAGCUCCAAGUUGUUCUCUACCAGGGUGGAUUUGUCACCCACUCACUACACAUGGGCCACCGAAUGCUUUACCUCGAUCAUACAGGCUGGAAGGCUGGUCAAAGCGAGCAGGUUGUUGAAGUUACCAUGCCUCCUGACUCGAAUGUUGCGCCUCCUGGUGCCUACGUUAUCUAUAUUGUUGUGGACGGAGUGCCUAGUAUGGGACAGUUUGUCAUGGUCGAGAACCCCAUGCCGCCUGGUGAUAAGCCCAAAGGAGACAAGCUUAAUGGAAAGCAGACAGGCACACAGGGGAAGCCGGAAAAGCAGCAGCCCGAUAAGCCAGAGGAUAACAAGAAGAUUGAGAACGGCGGUGACGUGCCCAAGAAUGACACAAGCAAAGAUGACAAGUUUGACAAAGGCCAAGAGAAACAGGGUACUGAUGGUGGAAAGGAGAAGGGCGGUGGAAAGGAAGAGAAAAAAGGCAAGGAAGACGACAAGUACGAGGAAGAUGAUGAUGCCAUGGAGGACGAAGACUAG